AUCACCACAAAAAAAUUAAACUUUCUCUCUUCUUUCUUGUUUCUCCGAGUCUUUAAAACCAAAUUCAUUUGGGGUUUCUGCAACUCUUGGAGAGAGUGUCGAAAAGCAAAGCCCCAUUUUCAGUGUCAGAACCUUAAACUUGCCCUGUGACUUGGAGACAUUAUAUUUCACUUACAAAGACAAUUUUCUUCCCUCUGUGGCCAAUUUCAAUUUUUGCUGAAAAGGGCUUUUUGAUUUCCCCCCCUUUUUUUUGUUCCCAAACAAUGGCUCACAACAACCACCACCAAGCUCUCAACAUUUCUGCUCAACCGCUGCCGCACGGGGGCGGCGCCGGCGGCAUCGACGACGACGGCCGCCCCAAGAGAACUGGGACUGUGUGGACGGCGAGUGCUCAUAUCAUAACGGCCGUUAUUGGGUCGGGGGUUUUGUCGUUAGCAUGGGCGACGGCGCAGCUGGGGUGGGUGGCCGGCCCCGCCGCUAUGUUGCUGUUCUCCUUCGUCACUUACUACACUUCCACUCUUCUCACCGCCUGCUACCGCUCCGGCGACUCCGUUGACGGCAAGAGGAACUACACUUACAUGGACGCCGUUAGGUCCAACCUCGGUGGAUUUAAGGUGAAGUUAUGUGGAGUGGUUCAGUAUGUGAAUCUUGUUGGAGUAGCGAUUGGAUACACGGUGGCCUCAUCCAUAAGCAUGAUGGCAAUAAAAAGAUCAAACUGCUUCCACAAGAGUGGAGGGAAAAAUGCUUGUCAUAUGGAGGGAACUCCAUACAUGGUUUCAUUUGGUAUAAUGGAAAUCUUCCUCUCCCAAAUUCCAGACUUUGAUCAGCUAUGGUGGCUCUCCAUUGUGGCUGCUGUCAUGUCUUUUACUUACUCCAUAAUUGGACUCGCCCUUGGAAUCAUUCAAGUUGCAGGCAAUGGAAACUUCAAGGGCAGCCUUACAGGAGUUAGCAUUGGCACUGUCACAGAAACCCAGAAGAUAUGGAGGACCUUCCAAGCCCUCGGUGACAUAGCUUUUGCCUACUCUUUCUCCAUCAUCCUUAUCGAAAUUCAGGACACAAUAAAAUCCCCUCCAUCAGAGGCCAAGACAAUGAAGAAGGCCAGUCUUCUAAGUGUUGCAGUGACAACAAUUUUCUACACGCUCUGUGGCUGUAUGGGGUAUGCAGCCUUUGGAGACGCCGCUCCUGGCAACCUCCUCACCGGUUUCGGCUUCUACAACCCAUUUUGGCUUCUCGACAUAGCGAAUGUAGCCAUCGUGGUCCACCUUGUAGGUGCAUACCAAGUUUUCUGCCAACCCCUCUUCGCCUUCAUCGAGAAAUUUGCACUGGACCGAUUCCCAGACAGCCCAUUCAUCACAAAAGACAUCAAGAUCCCGAUCCCGGGUUUCCGCCCCUUCAAACUCAACCUCUUCAGGUUGGUUUGGAGGACAGUGUUCGUGAUCUUCACCACUACGAUCUCCAUGCUUCUCCCGUUCUUCAACGACAUCGUUGGACUGCUCGGUGCAUUGGGAUUCUGGCCUCUCACAGUCUACUUCCCGGUCGAGAUGUACAUUUCACAGAAGAAGAUCCAAAAAUGGAGCACAAGAUGGAUCUGCCUCCAAACUCUGAGUAUGGCUUGCCUGGUAAUCACCAUAGCAGCAGCAGCUGGAUCUGUGGCAGGAGUUAUUCAAGAUUCAAAGUCUGUUAAGCCAUUCCAUGUCAACUACUAAUUGCAAAUGAUUUUACCUCUGUUAUUAAUUAAUUACUCUGCUGCUGAAGAAGAACAGUCUCAAACAAUAGCCUGCAAAGUGCAAAGUGCAAAUGCUAGUGCCUUCUCUUUUCAGUAACUUUUGUAAUGGUUUUUUUUUUAUAUAUAUAAACUGUUGAGCAUGUAGUUAAGGACCAUGAAUGAGAGAGUCUGUAAAUGGUGAAUCUAACGGAUUCACAAGUUACAAUCCCCAAAAUGUAACUUCGUCUAUUUCCAAAAGGAAAUUAGAGUAUUCAUAUGGAAAGUUCAUCUUUUAGAAUCUGUUA